AUGAAUCUAAGUGAAAAGUACUUUGAAUUUGAGGCUAACAUUAUUGACCGAUUAGCACGUACGCCCUAUGUGCACCAAUUCGUCCAUGACAAGAUUAGUGGUCGAAUCACAUUGUUCCUGAUGGUAGUUGGUACGAUGGCGCUCAUAAACGAGUUAUACAUCACCAUUGAGAUGACCUUUUUACAGAAGGACACCUAUGAAGAGCUUAAUAAAGGUUAUAUUGAUGAGAGCUUGAAAUUGCAUAAGAUGAUUGUGGACGAUAAAUAUCAUAGCCGAGAAUACACUGACGAGAAGAGCGGCAUUGUGAUAGAAGAGUUCGAGGAUAGAGAUAAGUUCUUUGCGAAGCCGGUUCAUGUGGCUCACCUCUAUGUGAUGUGCAACGUUUUGCAAGAUGGAAAAAAGCUUUUAGCGAAACCUCUGCAAUUUCAUAUCGAAUUUUCACCUGAGGAUUAUGAGGACGAGAAAAGGCCCGAGUUUGGCUGUAGGCUACGGGUACUGCGGACUAAGCUUUAUCAUUUUUUCAAGGAUACUGAGCUUUUCGACGAGUUAGUGAAAGAUCCAAAAAACUUCACCGUUUCUCGAGGUGUCAACAUUUACAAUACUUUGAAAGAGCCACUGCCUUGUGAAAUUGACGAAGUUCAACUGUGUUUCUUGAAGAUUGAAACAGGUGACACCAUUGAAUGCAAUUUUGUAAUCUAA